CCAAGCUCACUUGGGCGGAGACGGUCAGAAGCGAACAUGCUGAGCUGCUUCUCCACUCCGCAAGGCGGCAGCCUCAGGACCCCAGCCAGAGAAAGUAUCUGUGAAAGAUUGAGAAGACGGCUGACUCCAUCCAGCCGCUGCAGGCCGCACUGCAGCAGCCACACGACUGUCACAGACACCCCAGGGAAGGUCUCCCCGGGAGUGACCACCAGUGCCCUACCAAAAUCAAGGCGCCCCAGGGAAGUCUCCCUAAGCCCAAAUACCACCGGCGCAGAAGCUGGGAAGAGCGCAGGGCAAGUAUCACCACGCCCAGAAACACCCAGUCACUCUGGGCAGGUCUCCCCAGAGCCAGACACAGAAAACCUAGAGAGUCCAAGUCCAGGGGCAGAGACCGAAGUCACAGCCCUCGGCCCCCAAGAGACACCGAGAAGCCUCGUGUACAUCCACCCGGGUCUGGCCGCUGCUAUUGGAAACAACUUCACAGAGAGCCUUGUGGAACUCCGGCCAGUAUGGUCCGUGCAGGCAGUCAGGCCGCACUCGCUCGCCAAGCGCUUGCCCAUUUUCCUGGACAGCCAACCCGUCUAUGGUCCCUUCUUCCCGGGCACCUCCACCACCCACACCUCUACCCGAUCAGCUCUGAUUUUGAGAAGAGACAUCAUGACGUCUUUUGAGAAUUACAGCUCCUCCGAGGGCCUUCGUGAUAAAGAUCGAGACGUGUGGUGUUUGAACAAUAAACAGCUUUUCACCCCAGAUUGGAUAGAAGAGGAAGGAGACCCGUAUACUGCGUCACCUCAGUUGGAGUUAGAAGAGGCCACUAGGCUUUCUAAAAUAAAGGAUUAUGAGCUCUUAAUUCCAGCGUUGCCUUGUGAACCAGAACAUCCUAAAGUGCCUUGUCCAGGAGAAGAGAAAUCCAUCCGGCACAGAGCUGCAGGCCGCUGGAGAAAGCUGUAUUGUGCAAAUGGCCACCCUUUUCAAGUCAAACGCUUCAGCCGUGUAGGGGGCCUUGGCCGCCAGGUGUAUACGUGCACCCGCUGUAAACUCUCGGUGCACAAGAAGUGCCACCAACUUGUCACAGUUCAGUGUGGGCAGCUCCUACCAUCAGAGCCCAUGGUGCCAGUGGAUCCAUCAACCAUGGCGUCAGACCCUGCGCAGACAGCGAUCCCACGAGACAGUUCAACUCAUGAGGCUUUAGAACGAGUUGAUGAAGAGAAUGAAACAGUGAACAACAGGGAAAGUAGCAAAGCUUCACCUGGUUUAGGUCUUCAGGACUUCAAUUUGCUUCGCGUGAUCGGCAGAGGAAGUUAUGCAAAAGUACUGUUGGUUCAACUGAAAAAAUCCAAUCGUAUGUAUGCAGUGAAAGCAGUGAAAAAAGAGCUGGUCAACCCUGACCGGGUCCGGACAGAGAAGCACGUUUUGGAGCAGGCAUCCAACUGUCCUUUUCUUGUUGGACUACAUUCCUGCUUCCAAACAGAAAGCAGACCGUUCUUUGUCAUAGACUAUGUAAAUGGUGGAGAUCUACUGUUUCAUAUGCAGCAACAAAGAAUACUUUCUGAAGAACCUGCCAGGUUUUACUCUGCACAAAUCAGUCUGGCAUUCAACUAUCUCCAUCAGCGAGGGAUACUGUACAGAAAUUUGAAAUUGGACAAUUUACUGCUGGAUUCAGAAGGGCACAUUAAACUUACUGACUAUUGCAUUUGUAAGGAAGGCUUACAACCAGGCGACACGACCAGCACUUUCUGUGGCACUCCUAAUUAUCUGUCUCCAGAAAUUAUAAGAGGGGAAGAUCAUGGCUUCAGUGUGGGCUGGUGGACUCUUGGAGUCCUGAUGUUUGAGAUGAUGGUUGGAGAGUCUCCAUUCCAUCUUGUUGAGAGCUUUGCUAACCCUUAUGAAAACUCAAUCGAUUAUCUCUUGCAAGCAAUUUUAGAAAGAGACAUUUUUGUACCUCACUGUCUUCCUCUAAAAGCUGCAAGUGUCCUGUAUGGUUUUCUGAACAGGGCCCCAAGGGAACAAUUGGGUUGUCAUCCUCAAAGGGGAUUGGCUGAUGUUAAGAAGCAUUCCUUCUUUUGAAAUGUUAACUGGUACAUGAUGGAGCAAAAGUGGGUGGUGCCUCCCUUUAAACCAAAUAUGUGUGGGGGAUUCGGUUUGAACAACUUUGAUCCUCACUUUGCUAAUGAACCUGUCCAAUUCUCCCCAGGUGACAGUGACAUAGUGAGGAAGAUCGAGGGGUAUGAAUUUGCAGGCUUUUAG